GCUUGCGGGUGUCUCCGCCGCCGUCGCGCGCGCCCCCGCUGCCCGCGUCCCCGCUCUGGUCCGUGGUGCCGCCGGACCAGCACCAUGUCGCUGUCGCGCUCGGAGGAAAUGCACCGGCUCACAGAAAAUGUCUACAAGACCAUCAUGGAGCAGUUCAAUCCCAGCCUGCGGAACUUCAUCGCCAUGGGGAAGAACUAUGAGAAAGCCCUGGCAGGUGUGACGUAUGCAGCCAAAGGCUAUUUCGAUGCCCUCGUGAAGAUGGGUGAGCUGGCCAGCGAGAGCCAGGGCUCCAAAGAACUCGGAGAUGUUCUCUUCCAGAUGGCCGAAGUCCACAGGCAGAUUCAAAAUCAGUUGGAGGAAAUGCUGAAAUCCUUUCACAACGAGCUGCUCACGCAGCUGGAGCAGAAGGUGGAGCUGGACUCCAGGUACCUGAGUGCCGCGCUGAAGAAAUACCAGACGGAGCAGAGGAGCAAAGGCGAUGCGCUGGACAAGUGCCAGGCUGAGCUGAAGAAACUCCGCAAGAAGAGCCAAGGGAGCAAAAACCCUCAGAAGUACUCGGACAAGGAGCUGCAGUACAUCGAUGCCAUCAGCAACAAGCAGGGUGAGCUGGAGAACUACGUGUCAGAUGGCUACAAGACGGCCCUCACAGAGGAGCGGAGGAGGUUCUGCUUCCUGGUGGAGAAGCAGUGUGCUGUGGCCAAGAACUCCGCGGCCUACCACUCCAAGGGAAAGGAGCUGCUGGCACAGAAGCUGCCGCUGUGGCAGCAGGCCUGUGCUGACCCCAACAAGAUUCCAGACCGCGCCGUGCAGCUCAUGCAGCAGAUGGCCAGCAGCAAUGGCUCCAUCCUCCCCAGCACUCUGUCGGCCUCCAAGUCCAACCUGGUCAUCUCAGACCCCAUUCCGGGGGCCAAGCCUCUGCCGGUGCCCCCCGAGCUGGCCCCAUUUGUAGGGCGGCUAUCUGCCCAGGAGAACACGCCCGUCAUGAACGGCGUCUCGGGCCCGGACAGCGAGGACUACAGCCCCUGGGCUGACCGCAAGGCCACCCAGCCCAAGUCCUCAUCUCCUCCACAGUCUCAGAACAAGUUGAGCGACUCAUACUCCAACACGCUUCCCGUGCGCAAGAGUGUGGGCCCGAAAAACAGCUACACCACCACCGAAAACAAGACUCUGCCCCGCUCGAGCUCCAUGGCAGCUGGCCUGGAACGCAACGGCCGCAUGCGGGUGAAGGCCAUUUUCUCCCAUGCGGCCGGGGACAACAGCACCCUGCUGAGCUUCAAAGAGGGCGACCUCAUCACCCUCCUGGUGCCUGAGGCCCGUGAUGGCUGGCACUACGGCGAGAGUGAGAAGACCAAGAUGCGGGGCUGGUUUCCGUUUUCCUAUACCCGGGUCCUGGACAGUGACGGCAGCGACAGGCUGCACAUGAACCUGCAGCCGGGGAAGAGCAGCAGCACAGGCAACCUCCUGGACAAGGAGGACCUGGCCAUCCCACCCCCCGACUACGGCACGGCCUCCCGCGCCUUCCCUGCCCAGACGGCUGGCACCUUCAAGCAGAGGCCCUACAGCGUGGCCAUGCCCGCCUUCUCCCAGGCUCUGGAUGACUACGGGGCACGGGCUGUGAGCAGGAAUCCCUUUGCCAACGUCCAGCUGAAGCCAACAGUGACCAAUGACAGGUCUGCUCCCCUCCUCAGCUGACAGCCACGUCUGCACCCGCUGCCCCGUCAGGCCCCUCCUCCUCCACCCCCACCCGUAACCUAUUUUGUUAUAAUCUGCGUGAUCUCUGUUUAGAGAAUUUUCUUCUCCUUCCAAACCUUUCACCUGCCCAGAGCUCUGCCCCCACUUCAGUCUGGCCUGGGCUGGACCCUAGCUGUUCCUGUGGAGGUGGCACCUGGCACCCGGAGCCGGGACCUGCUGGCUGGGCUGUGGGGCUGGCCUCCCAGAGCAGGCACAUCUGGUUGUGCAGGCCGUGAAGCCCACCAGGGUGCGGGGAAGGAUACUAUGUCAGCUUGUAGCUGGAAGGAGAGCCCAGCUUCCACGCUGCUCGUAGCUCCUAAGUGUCUGGUCAAUAAACGGGCUGCCCCCCUGUGCCUAGCUGUGAUCUGUGAUCUCUGCCUGUGGGGGCAGAGGCCUGGGGCGCAGGGACUGGGAGAGCCUGCCACCCUUCUUUGGAAGAUGAAUUUAUUACGAGCACUUAAAUUCCUGGGUCCAGACCCCAAGCUGUGCGCCAUUGUGGGGGCGGGGGAUCCUGCCCCGCCCCAGGAUUCCUGGGUGGGCUCCCCUCUGCACCCCAGCUGCUUCCAUAUUUCAGCUGAAAUAGAGGCUUUUGGAAGCUUUAUUAUAGGAUCCAUGCUAUUUGAUAUUUGUGGCUGAAAUACAGCCAUGGUAACCACACUGGUGGCAGCAGUCCUCACCUGGGGAAAAGCUCCAGGCAGAGCUCACUCCUCCGAGGACCCCCAAGGAGGGGUUCUGGAGCUCUGAACUGCCUGCAGCCUGCCCACACCCCAGGACAGGAAACACAGUGGGCGGAGGGCCCAGGUGGGCACACAGCCCUCUCACCUUACAGAAGCUGGAGACAGGCCCAGUGCAGGAGGUGGGAUCACAGGGCAGACGUUUGGGGUGGGGGAUGCACAGGAGCCCCAACUCCUCAAAACCCUCCUGCCUCCCAGCUCCCCUCCCGGCCCGGUGCCGAGGGACAGGCGUGGCCCCCUGGAAAGGCAGGGGGAAGAGCUUCUCAGGGAGGUCUGUGGGUCCCCCUCCUCAUCCUUACCUAGGCAGAGCCAACUGCAGGGCAGGAAGAGAGGGCUGCAGGGAGCAGAACUCCCUGCUCUGGGCAGACCCCCACCGGGCACAUUGAGGGCCCAGGUCACCGUCUCCCUCCACCAACCUGUACCAUGGACAGCGAGGGGGAAGGGGCCACUCCCUCCUGCACCCCACUCCCCGCAGUCAGGAGGGACUACUGUGCCUCCCCAGGCAGAGCUGGCAUCAGCGUCCCCACCCCAGCACGGCCCCUGCCCACUCCUGCCCAGGGCUUUAUCUGCAGGCCCCAAAAGAAAACACAAGCUUAGCACAAAGGCUUUUUUUCCUUAGCAUGAUUUCUCUUAAAAAACAAAGAACAAGAAAAUCAUUGCACCAGCAUCCUAAGCCUCAAACGAAUAAAACUAAUAAAAAACCAAACCACAAACCCCAACUGAGUCACCCACCCACACCCCGGAAGCAACAAUAAACUUUACAUCUCUUUGGCAACAAUAACUU